AUGGAGUCACAUAUGUCCGAAGAUAAUAAGGAAUCACCGCCAGCUAUUCAAGGUACACAGGAAACCUCUCUUCAGUCAUCUGCUUCAGCAACAGAAGAAAGUAUCGUUGAAAAUAUCAAUCUGUCUAUUCCAGAUGAUAAAAAAGUUAAUCCCCACACCACACCUUUCGAAUUUGCAUUAUCAACAUGGUCAAAAAUUGCACUUUCUCAAUUACAAAGGAAAUUGGAUGAUGAGGGUGUUGAAAUUCUCCAAUUGCAAAAAAAUUCUAUUAUUACACGAAAAGAGUUGGCGUUGCGCACCAAAACUUUUAGAAAACUUUCUGAUGAAGUGAAACUUACAGAGAUUAAAAGUCUUCUGAAGUUGUAUCAAGCUGAAAUAGACAAUCUAACUCAAAGAAGCAAAUUUGCAGAAUCUAGCUUUAUGAAUUUGUAUAAACUUAUUGCUGAAGCGCCUGAUCCAGUGCCUCUUUUAGAAGCAUCUGUUGAUUCUGUAUUAGCUGCAUCGGAUGUAGUUAAACUAAGUGAUGAAAAUUCAAUGUUGGUUGAGAAACUUAAUAAAUGUGCAGAUUAUGAGCAAAUUAAAACAAAGCUUAAAGAUUUAGAAGUGAAAUCAGUCGAACUUUUAAACACUAAGGUUUUAGCAAAAGAAUCCGAAUUAAAGGCUAUAUUUGAUGAAAAAGAACGACAUUGGAAAGAAAGAGAAAACGAUCUUCAAAUACAAGUACAAGAAGCAAGGGAACAAAUAAAAGAGCUCAGAUCCAAUACUGAAGUUCUUCAAGCAAGAUUAUCUGCCAAGUCUCAAGGUCAUUUAGCAGAUUCGAUAACUGAUAAAAAUACUUCGAAGUCUACAGGGAGAAUAGCUGAAUUAGAGUUAGUUGCUAGUGACUUGGAGCGUGCAAACAAAAGAGUACUUGAAACAGAAAAAAGGAAUGUGGAACUGCGCUCAGAGCUUGAAACUGUUCGCUCAGGUACUCAAAAUGUGGAAAAAAUACGAGAACUUGAAAGUCAUAUUUCUGAUUUGGAACGUAGCAAUUCAAUUUUGGCUGCACAAUUGGAUACUUCAAGAAAAUCAAUUGCUCAAUCUAAGUCUUCUUUUCAAAAAAAAAUUGACUCGUUAUCAAGGGAUAUUGAAAAGGAACUAUCAGAAAAUAAUUUGUUGAAACAAAAGAUUGAUUCAAUGCAGGAUUACGAAAGUAUAAAACGAGAACUCGAGAUUUUAAAAAGCAUGGAAUUUGAUGAAGAAAGUGAUGACUUUAAAAAGAAGGAAAUAAUUCACUCAUUUAAAGACGCUACUGAUAAAUUCAAGGAUGAUGAGGACUAUGAAUUUGCCGAAAAUAUUGAAGGAAGUGAACAUGCAAAAAAUUCACAGUCUUUGGAACGAAUGAUGCAUACCCGAAAUAAAAAACUUGUCAAUGAAAUAACUCAAAUGAGAGUCUUAAAGAUUUCCCUUGAAAAUGAAGUUUCUCAAUUACAGACUCGUUUGACCGGCUGUUUAAAAGAAAAUUCACAUUUGAAACAACUGAGCAUCAAACUUGAAGAAGAUUUAGCCCAAACUAACGAUACAUUUUCCAAAUAUGGAUCUACAUCUGGACCAGCCAUGUCAGUCGUUAGUGGGUGGGGGAGAUCAGUUAUAGGAAAUAAUUCAACAUCAAUAAAAAGAUCAGGCAGGUUAUCUCCGACUGUUUCAAUAGUUGGUGGAUAUGAACCCAAUGAAAUGGCAAUGCAAUCUCCCCCUUCUCCUGACUACUCUAUUCUACCCAUUAUCACUCAACAGAGAGAUAGGUUUCGAGCUAGAAACUCCGAAUUAGAAGAAGAUUUGAAAAAAUGUUGGGCUACAAUUUCUCAGUUGAAAAAGGAGCUUGAUUCAGUUAAACGCGAUAAUGUUGAAUUAUAUGAAAAGGCUCGUUAUGCUUCAUCAUAUAAAAGAUCAACAGGCAACAACAGUUCUAAAACAAAAUGGACCCGUGCUGAGGAAAGUUAUCGUGACAUGUAUGAGGAAGGUAUUUCUCCAUUUCAACAGUUUAAAGGACGGGAAAGUGAAAGAGCACUAUCAAAAAUGGGGCCUGCAGAACGUGCGCUUUAUUCCCUUACUAGAACUAUUUUGGUUAAUAGAACAUCGAGGAAUCUGUUUGCUGGAUAUUGUGUUGCAUUACAUUUGAUGGUUAUGAGUAUUUUGAUGUAUGGCUUGACAUGGCAUGGCAAUGAGUUUAUACCAGCAAAUAAUCCAGUAAUUGAUGACUCUUCAACCUUAUAA